AUGGACCAUUCGGACCCAACUUCAGUGGGAGGAGUCCCGCCGAAUGCGGAUGUAGACUCCUGGUCCAUCUUCCCCUGCAGCGCUUCGGACUUGGGUAUAUCCGCCUGGCCGUGCUCAACCCAGAACCUUCAACCACCAGGGCUGCAGGGCAGCACCGUCAGAGCAGCACAGUCUGGAAUAUGUUCUGAGUGGAGUCCGGGCGAUGUGGACGCGUGGUCGUGCUUUGUGUCGGAUAACCAACGUGAAUCCACCGCACCCGCAGCAGAUAAUCGAAAAGUAUCAAGUAGCACCGCCCACCCAGAGUCCACUGGAGAUGUCGAUUCUUGGUCGCAGUUCCAGUGUUUGAGUGGCCAAUCCGCACCAGCCACGCUAGCGAAAGCUGAUCAACUAUCCACUUUCCACUUUGCGGCGAUAUCAGACAAUACUCCGCAGCAGCUUGAGGCCGCUGGCGAUGUUGAUUCUUGGUCACAGUUCUCGAUCGUGAAUGAUCAAAUACUGCCUAGGACUUCAAGAGGGAUAAAUCAAAUACGCCAGUUGGACAGCAUGGAUCAUCUCUUUGGCCAUGCAAUUAUCAACUCGGAGGUAGCAGGAGAUGUCGAUUCAUGGUCGCAGUUCAUUUGCGAGAACUGA